AUGGGUGGCGAGGACUCCGAACGGGCACUCGCAAAUCGCGUGAAUACACGUUGCAACUAUAAUCACCUCAAUUCACCAUUUGCAACGCGCAUUGUCAGCGAGCUGGACGCUCUGUUAAAUGAGCACAACGAAUUGUUGAAAUUAUUCAAAUCACAUAUGCAUAAGCUACUAAGUGACAAUCACGCUAUUUUCAUCAAUCCUGAUAGAACACCAGCUGGAGGGCAUAUACGUCGAUUCAACGCACCUGUUGUUGACGACGUGGCUGGAAUCAUGGUUGGCGACCAUACAGCUACGCGACAAAUCGUGAUUCGAAGAAGAAAUAAUUCUCUUCAGUCCAUUCCUGAUACCCAUCGUUUAUAUGAUGCUCUCCAAUAUCCACUCAUUUUUUGGAAGGGACAAGACGGAUAUUGCAUAAACCUUAAGCAACGAGAUCCGGUAACAGGAACCGAAACAAACAAGAAUAUUAGCUCAAAGGAUUUCUAUUCGUUUCGGUUGAUGAUUAGACGUGGUCAGGAUAAUAUCAUUCUACGAUGUCGUGAGCUUUGCCAACAAUUUAUGGUCGAUAUGUACGUCAAGAUAGAGAGUCAACGACUACGAUACUUGCGAUUUAACCAACAGAAAAUUGCGUGA